CGUCCUGUUGACAGACCCCAGAGCGCUCCAUUCCGAAGGCGUGUAGCAGAAGCCCCUCCUGUAGCGGCAGCUGCUUUCCCUCCCUCUCUCUAUCCUCCCUGCCUCCCUGCUCGGAGUCGCGCGAGCUCGUGGCGGUGGGCAUCCUCCGGCAAUGGGGUGCAAGGCGUGCGACAAGCCCAAGCCCAACUACCGCAAGGGCCUGUGGUCGCCGGAGGAGGACCAGAAGCUCCGCGACUACAUCCUCCGCCACGGCCACGGCUGCUGGAGCGCGCUCCCCGCCAAAGCCGGGCUCCACCGGAACGGCAAGAGCUGCAGGCUGCGGUGGAUCAACUACCUGCGGCCGGGGCUGAAGCACGGCAUGUUCUCGCCGGAGGAGGAGGAGACGGUGAUGAGCCUCCACGCCACGCUCGGCAACAAGUGGUCGAGGAUCGCACGGCACCUGCCUGGCAGGACCGACAACGAGGUCAAGAACUACUGGAACUCGUACCUCAAGAAGAGGGUCGAGGGCAAGGAGGCCCCGAGCACGGCCGCGACCAGCUCCGGCGCCGAUUCGGAGGACUCGCAGUGCGCCAAGCCCGGGGACGGCGCGGCGCAGGAGGCGCCGGCGGACUCCGGCUCGUCGGAGCCGCGCGAGUCGUCGUCGGCCGACUCGAGCUGCCUCACGGGCCCGCCCGCUGCCUGCAGGCCCCACGCGCCCGUGGCGCCGCCCAAGGUGAUGUUCGCGGACUGGCUGGACAUGGACAUGGACUGCAUCGUUGGUGGCCCGGUCGCGGCGGCACCUGGUCUGGACGCUGCGGGCGUGGUUGGUGCGAGCCCCAGCACGGGCGGCGAUCGCAACCAUCGCCACCACCAGGUGAUGAGCCAGGGGUCCGUGCAGGUGGAUGGGCCAUCCGGUGUCGACGAUGUGUCCCUGCACGGGUUCGGUGACACCGGCGCCAGCUGCUGGGAGUUCCAGGAGCACUUCGACAGCAUCGAUCAGAUGAGCACCACCGGCUUCUGCGACCUGCUCUCCAUGAGCGAGUACUUCGGGCUCAACUAGGCUCGACACGGGUUGGUGGUGAUCGUUGGUGAAGGGAUUGCGUUCUUUUUUAAACUUUUGUUUAGAGGUUUCGGUGAAAGGCUUGUUUGUGAUUGUAAAUUAUUGUCGUGUAGUACGUAUAGAGGAAUUUAAAAAGCAGAUAAAGUCAAGAGCUACGGCGAUUGUUGCUACCGUGUAAAAUAUGGUCGUGUUUGUUGCGGUUUGCUUUGGAGAGUACAGCACCGACGGAAUAAAAGGAAAAAUUAGGAAUAGAAGAAUGUUAUAAGGGUUGCACGCUUGCAGGUAGCUAUUGGGCUGCACAAUUUGUGUUUUGUUAAUUCGAAAA